CACAUAAGACUCUUCGUUUUUAUUUAAAUUUGAGUUCAGAAACAUAUAUAUAUAACCUUUCAAACCCUCUUCCCCCAUUUGAUUCGCCGGUGAAUAUGUAUCGUGGCCGCGGUCGUACCACUCGCGGCGGCCGGCCCUUCUAUCGCGGAGGUUAUUCCGAUCAGAGUAGCAACCCCGAUUAUGGAAUGUCCGAAGGCCGAGGAAGGCGAUCUCCGAACAUGUCACCGUGGAGUGGGUCAAGGCAUUCUAACCAUGAAAAUGCUGCCGUUUAUAGGCCGAGAAUGCCGUUGCCUGUCGGUACUGGAUUACAAGGGCAAAAUGAUACACUUGAAACCCAAGGCACCUCAGAUGCUUUAUCUCAUUGCUCGAGUUCUAUGGGCUUAAACCGUAGUGUAGAAGGAGAAAAGAUUGAACUUUCCUUAGUUGAGGAGACCGAGAGUUGUGCUGUAUCUUUACUGCAUCACGAUCUUUCCCACAACGUUAACAUCUCCGGCUCGGUAGACAAGUCUGAACCAUCCCAAGAAAGGAAUCCCCCCCAAAGUAGUUCAGGUAUUGAUGAUUCGAAUCAAGUCGAGUGCCAAGCUGUGAUCGAGCAUUUCGACAUUUGCUUGCCCAAAAUCGGAACUCCCGUCAUGCUUAAACCGUCUUUGCUUGUAAAGAACAGAGAAAAGAGGAACGAAAUCAAACGAUCGGCAGAAGGUCAAAUAGGAAAUGUAUUGAGACCCGGGAUGGUGCUUCUAAAGAAAUAUCUGUCUUUAGCUGAUCAAGUCAAAAUUGUAAGAGCCUGUCGAGCUCUGGGUUUGGGCUCAGGAGGUUUCUAUCAACCAGGCUACCGUGAUGGAGCGAAGUUGCAUUUGAAAAUGAUGUGCCUUGGUAUAAACUGGGAUCCUGAGACAGGUAAUUAUGGAGAUCUCCGACCAAUUGACCGUGCUGUUCCCCCUGGUAUUCCUCGCGAAUUCUUUCAGUUAGUUGAGAAGGUGAUAAAAGAUUCACAUUCCCUCGUACAACUAAAGACCAAGGUUAGCCAUGUAGAACACAUUCUCCCAUCGAUGAAACCAAAUAUCUGUAUCGUGAAUUUCUACUCGGCAAGCGGUCGACUGGGUCUCCAUCAGGAUAAGGAUGAAAGUCCGGAAAGUCUACAUAAAGGAUUACCUGUGAUAUCCUUUUCCAUUGGCGAUGCAGCAGAAUUUUUAUACGGUGACCAAAGGGAAGUCGACAAGGCUGAAAUGGUUGAACUUGAAUCUGGUGAUGUGCUUGUAUUUGGUGGGAGCUCUAGACUCAUCUUUCAUGGCGUGACUGCAAUUAAGCAAAAAACUGCACCCGGGAGUCUCUUGGAGGAAACGAAUCUCCGUCCAGGUCGUUUAAAUCUAACUUUUAGAGAGUAUUAAAAUCCUGUAUAGACAUUUGAGCUACAGUCAGUCUUUCUAGGCAUUAUCUUUUAUACAACUGACUCUUCAAGAAGAAAUAUCUAAGGUUAUUUACCAUGUGUGAUUUCUGUAUGAACUUGUGCCUAACAAUAAAAGAAACAUGCUUCGGAUA